AUGGCCAAGAAGUGGAAGGCGGCUCCUGCGGCGGAGCUGGCUGACGACACGGACGAGGAGAUCGACGUGGUGGGCGAGGGGCGCGGCCGGAGUCCCGCGCCUGCUGCCACUGCUCCGGGCCCGUCGCCCCGAGAUCCUGAGCCCACACUCCUCUACAAUGGAUACACCGACGAGCAGCCUUCCACGCAGUUUACGGCACAGCUUCCGACCGAGGUGAGGCCGGUGUUCGGCCCCGGCCCCGCCUCGCAGCCGGCGCCUCAGCCUGUCUCCUAUGCCCUUCUACAACUUUCCACAUCCGAUCCGUCUCAACCGUCUUUCCUCCAAGUACAGCUCCAAUCUUCGCCUGUCUCCCCCCCUCCGCCACCGGCGAGCGGCAAGUCUCUCUCCAUGUAUUACACAAGUACGGGUGCAAUAUUAUCUUUGCCACCGAAGAAGAAAGAUAUUUAUCGCCCUUACUGCCUCGGAGAUCAUGCGUUCCUACACCGUGCAGAAGAGGAUCUCAACGCGGCUCAUGCGAUACUGGAUUUGAGUGCGCACGCUGUGUUUCUAUCCACGCAGCCGCGCCCCGAACCGGCACCUCCUGAGCCCCCGCCUGCGGUUCCGGAACCGCCGAUUCCGGAACCGCCGCCGGUCGAGCGACCUCGAAAAACCAUCGCUUACACAUACGACGCUUUCUUCGUAAGCGACGGUCGCUCCAAGCGACGCAACUUCGUCAACGCCCCGGAGGAGUGCGCCCAGCUGCCCGAGCAAAAGUCCAAGUACACGUGCAACGAAUGCGGAAAGCGGUACGCGACCUCAUCGAACCUUUCGCGGCACAAACAGACGCACCGCAGCCUAGACUCGGUGGCGGCCAAGCGGUGCGGCGAAUGCGGCAAGGCGUACGUUUCCAUGCCCGCACUCGCCAUGCAUGUCCUCACACACCAACUGUCGCACGUGUGCGGCGUGUGCGGCAAACUAUUCUCGCGGCCCUGGCUGCUACAGGGACACCUUCGAUCACACACAGGCGAGAAGCCCUACGGCUGCGCUCAUUGCGGUAAGGCGUUCGCCGAUCGCUCCAAUCUCCGUGCGCACAUGCAGACGCAUUCGUCCGAUAAAAACUUCGAAUGCUCGCGCUGUCAUAAGACAUUUGCACUCAAGAGCUACCUCAAUAAACACCAGGAGUCUUCGUGCGUACGCGACGACGAGGCAGCGCCGGCCGAGUCCUUACCCGACCUGUCCGACGCCGCUGCUGAGUAGUGACUUUGCCUCACCACUCGAGACGCAUCUUGGGACCGUAAUCUCUGCCGUAUGUUUUACAUAUAAACGUAAAGUAUUAUAAUAUGAAUUUAGCUUGUUAGAAUUAUAUUAAAUGUACAAUUGUCAAUAAGAAGAGGUC